CAAUAUUCAGAAUAUCGAUUCAGACCUCCUUUUUGCAGAGAAAAAUGGCUCAAUGUGAUGACGAUGAACAAGGAAACGUUCCCACUAGCAGCACAUCAUAUCCUCAUCCUCUUUCCAUGGUGCCAAAUAGCGAUACCGCAACACAAUUCUUUAAUAUACAAGUCUGGCUAAGUCAACAACUAAAGCCUGUGCAUUUUUCUGAUCCAGUUUUUAUGACGUAUAACCCCAUGGAAUAUGCUGGCGGACUUUACUUUUAUUUCUUGCAACGAUUUUGUAUAGCAACAAAGCGAAUACUUAUUUUAGGAAUGAACCCUGGUCCCUGGGGAAUGGGUCAAACUGGGGUUCCAUUUGGGGACAUAGACACAGUUAAAUAUUAUCUUGGAUUGGAAGAGUUAGGUGGCUUUAUUGGCCAGCCCAGUCCACAGCAUCCAGCGAAAAAAGUAACAGGCCUCAAAUGCCACAGGAAGGAAGUUAGCGGGGCAAAAUUAUGGGGAGUUAUAAAAAAACUGACAAAUGACUGCCCAGCGCAGCAGGCUUUGCUAAAUCUUUGUGUUCACAAUUUUUGCCCGCUGAUUUUCAUGGGAACCUCUGGACGCAACUUAACACCAGAUGAAGUUAAAGCUGGAAGCAGUAAAGAACAACUAUUCAACUUAUGUUCAAUAGCCUUGAGUUAUUCACUGGAUGUUCUGGGUUGCAAAUAUAUUAUCAGUGUGGGACGGUUUGCCGAAAAGAGAGCCAGGAGUGUGAUUAAGACUUUCGAUAAAUCCCAAAAGGUUUUGGAAAUACCACACCCAAGUCCAAGAAACGCCACAAGCCGUGCAAAUUGGGAAGAAAACGUGAUCAGCAUACUGUCAACUGCAGAUCUGCUAUCAGAAUUUUCGAAUCCAAUCCAGUAUACUUAAUACCGUAUUAUAUUUUAUGUCACAAUGUAGAAUAUAUUCCUAAUUUUUUACUUAAAAGAAAUAAAAAUCUUUGAUAUUA